AUGGGGUAUGGACAUCGUCGGGCCUUUCCCUAUGGCCACCGGUCAAUGAAAGUUUCUGCUCAUUACGGUGGACUACUUCUCGAAAUGGAAUCUCACACCAGCUCGUAUUCGAUAACGGAAGGCAUUGCCAGUCAGGAGCUUAGAGAAUGGUGUGAGGGUUAUGACAUCCAACAAGCCUUCACCUCAAUAGCCUACCCUCAGGGCAACGGGCAAGCCGAGGUCACCAAUCAGAAAAUCCUCAAAAUCUUACGCGCUUGGCUCAACCACAUGGGAGGCAGCUGGGUCAACAAGCUCCCCAGCGUGUUGUGGGCUCUCCGCACGACUUCGAAGGAGGCGACCCGCUUAAUCCCAUUCCAGUUGGUGUACGGCAGCGAAGCAGUAGUCCCCAUGGAGGUAGGAGUCGAGUCUGAUCGGGUGCAACUCUACGACGAAUUGAAUGCCGAACGGAAGCUGGUGGAGCUCGACCUGGUGGACGAAACGUGCGCUAAAGCAUCCAUCCGGCUAACGGCAUACCGGCAGCGAAUGAAGCAGAACUACAACCGGCGAGUGAUCCCGAGGUCCUUCUAG